CGUUAUCGAAAGAAGCACGACGCAACCUUGAAACAUUCUCAAGCGUUAGUAUCGAAUUUGCGUAUGUAAUUUCGUUCAGCAAUUGAAAAGAUAAGAACCAAGCUAAAGUAAUUCAAAAAGCUCUUAUAAUAUUAAAUCAAACGAAAAUCGCGUCCAGUUAAUUACAAAGACUAACGGGAGUCGCAAGCGUUAGUUAAAAUGGCUGCCAAAGUCCCGAAGGUUAAGUUCAAUAAUGGCAACGAGAUCCCCAUCUUUGGUCUCGGCACAUGGAAGUCGAAACCUGGCGAAGUAGAACAAGCAGUAAAAGACGCCAUCGAUAUCGGGUACCGCCAUAUAGAUUGCGCCCACGUUUACCAGAACGAGCAAGAAGUUGGCAAAGCUUUGAAAGCCAAAUUUUCAGAAGGUGGUGUCAAAAGAGAAGAUCUCUUCAUCACCACGAAAUUGUGGAACACUUAUCACAGACCCGACCUCGUUGAGAAAAAUCUCAAAAUUUCGUUGGCCGAUUUGGGACUGGAGUAUGUCGACCUCUACCUCAUCCAUUGGCCUAUGGCAUACAAAGAGGACGCGGAUAUUUUCCCGAGAGAUAGCGAGGGCAACAUUGUUUUUAGCGAUGUCGAUUACGUAGAUACGUGGAAAGCGCUGGAAAAACUGGUAGAAAAGGGACUCGCCAAAUCCAUCGGAUUAUCCAAUUUCAAUAAAAAGCAGAUCGAAAGAGUUCUCGCGGUUGCCAAAAUCCAACCGGCCAAUCUGCAAGUCGAGUGCCAUCCUUACUUGAAUCAAAGCAAACUCAUAGACUUUGCUAGAUCGAAAGGAAUUACGGUGACAGCGUACAGUCCUUUAGGGUCACCUGAUCGCCCGUGGGCUAAACCUGAUGAUCCUCAACUUUUGGACGAUCCUAAACUGUUACAAAUCGCUAAAAAAUACAACAAAACUUCCGCUCAAGUAUUGCUCCGUUACCAGGUCGAUAGAGGCAUCAUCGUGAUCCCUAAGUCGGUAACCAAAUCGAGAAUCCAGCAAAAUUUCGAAAUAUUCGACUUCAGUUUGUCGAAAGAGGAUAUUGAGAAGUUGAACGCUUUCGACUGUAACGGAAGAUUGGUGCCUAUGACAGCGGCGUUGGGACACAAACACCAUCCAUUUGAAAACGACGAAUAUUAGAAGCACAAUAUUAUACCAUUUAUUUACCAGUGUGCAAAUAAAUAAUUAUUGUG